AGGAGUGUAGUGUUUCUCUAAUUGAACUUCGCCCAAUCAACAAUAACUCGUUAGCAGUCGCGUUCUUCUUCUUCUUGCUGCUUGGGACAGCUUUUUUCUCCUUACAGGGAUUCUCCACCUCCAGUCUGUGAGUGCAUAAAGAUCUACAUGGAGCUAGGCAGAGCGACUCUCUGAAGGGAAUACAGUCCGGCUGCCUUUCCAACUAUACGCCCGGAGCAUGGUUAUUUUGGAGGAAAGCUCUGCGGAGAGCUGAGUUGCGGCAUUCGGCUGAGAGUGUCAAACAUUUUAGAGGAGGGGGGUCUUUGAGCAGCAGAGGAAAACACUUGUGGACGCGUUAAAAACUGCCCUUUGAAUGAAAUAACCAACUUUUUAGUGGAAGCAGCGAUUCUUUUGGACUGCGAUGACCUCCAGUAAAGACAUGAAGGCAGGUUCUGUGUUACAGUCCAGCGGCGAGGAGAGGAGACUCCGGGCUCCCCUGGACCAGCUGCCGCCGCCGGCCAACUCCAACAAGCCUCUGACGCCGUUCAGCAUUGAGGAUAUCCUAAACAAACCGUCCGUGAAGAAGUCGGUGUCCGCCAGUAUCUGUCCGCCCAGAGUGCUGGAGAAAGUGACGGGCUCCAACUCGGCGAGGAACGGGAUCACCACUCCCUCGUCGCCGCUGUGCGCGCUGGAGGAGCUGGCCAGCAAAACGUUUAAGGGACUGGAAGUCAGCGUGAUCCAGGCAGCAGAAGGUCGCGAACACGUGAACGCUUUCGGGCAGAGACAGACGUCGAAGAAGAGGAGAAAGUCGCGGACGGCCUUCACCAACCACCAGAUUUACGAGCUGGAGAAGAGGUUUCUGUACCAGAAGUACCUCUCUCCGGCCGACCGAGACCAGAUCGCGCAGCAGCUGGGCCUCUCCAACGCGCAGGUCAUCACCUGGUUCCAGAACCGCAGGGCCAAACUCAAGCGGGACCUGGAGGAGAUGAAGGCGGACGUGGAGUCCCUAAAGAAGAUCACCCCGCAGACCCUGGAGAAGCUCGUCAGCAUGGAGAACAUUGACGAUGCCCAGCAGGUCGGGGGCCCCGAGGCCAGAUCGCCCAGUAUCUCCCCGACCUCCCAAGGACACCGAGCCUUCCCACAGUCCCCCUCCUCCUCCAGAGACCAAACCACGGACGAGUUCUCGGAGGACGACGAGGAAAUCGAGGUGGACGAUUGACAGUCACUUGGCCUGCGAUUUUCAUAAGCAGCAUCAAAAAGAAUAUAAAAAAGGGGGCAUUUUUUCUUCCCAAACUUUUGCACGGAUAUUGACCGAGAAAGGAGAAUUUACACAUUUAAAAAAAAAAAAAACAUUUCGAGAUUUUUUUCUCUCCUCCCUCCCUUCCUCUCUCUCUCUCUUUUUCUCCUCCAUUUUAAUUUAUUACCCGGACUUGUAAAGCUUUCCAAGUCUGUCGUUUAAGUCUCGCCACAAUAUUUGAGGAAUAUCCGGUUCCCCUUUGCAGACAGGCCUGACUCUUAUGGUACUGUGAGACUGAAAAACUGUGUAAACGUUUGAAUUUUUCACACUCAUUUUUAAAAAGGAGAGGAGAGAGGGGGGGCAAUGGGAAGUUGUGAUAUUAUUUUAGUGUCAUUUUAUUCGCAUUCUUCGGAUCUGCCAAAUAUGUCAAUGAGCCCCCCUUCAGCCCGCGGAGGAGGUGUCAGUGUGUCCCUCCUACAUGCAGUGUACAAUUUUUAUUUUGGUUUUGUUCUGAGCGAGAAGUGUUUCUGCAAGCAUGCAGGCCACUUCUCAGCGCAGGAGGAGGCAUCCUUAUCCCCACGUUUCCACGCUCUGACUUAUGUGUAUAUAUACCAGACAUCAUAUGCGAUAAUUUUAUUGUAACAUUCUAUUUAAUCAGCAUCUAUGUAAAUAAAGGUUAUAUGAUAUUUCAAGAAGCUGUCGGCGCAGUUGGAUGUGUGAUUGUGCAGAAAAUUAUCAAAAACAAUAACUCUAAAGCCACAUGUGAAGGGUGACUUAUCCCUAAAGGAACAUUAUUAUUACAGCAUAAUGAUUUAAAGUGACAGUAGCUACAUUAGAGGGUUAAAUAGCUGUACUGAAGAUGACCACAAACUUGUAAUUUCAUAUAAAGUAGAGUAAAUAUUAAAGAAAUAAUAUGGCGUGACUGUAAGCACAACAACACGCUUAAGACUUCUUUAGAAAGAGUUACACUAAUGUGACUUUUAUAAGAAUAUAACAGACGGAUUACAUAUUUAAAAUAUUCAUCCUGCCCUGCUUGGUAAAAAAAAAAAAACGUGGCCCUUUUGAGUAUUUGACCCCUUGCUUUCAGGCCUGAAGUGCCGUGACUUCAAUUAGCAGCCGUCCGUCGCCUUUCUUCCCAUUCUUUCGCCCCGCUUUGAAUGCAUCUUGUCACAAGAAGGUCCCGGUCUGGCCGCGGUGUUAAGAAAAAGAAAAAAGCUUGCACCCUCCCCUGCGACCAUAUGUUUUCUUCCUCCGUCCAUGGAAUCGUCUUUUAACACAACUAGUCGACAUGAUUGAUUAGGUUAACCCGCCUUCAGCUUCCAGCGAGCCGCGCGCAAUAAUGGCACGCAUCUGCCACUCUUAACCCGGGUUUGUUUGGAAAAGGGAGAAAACAGUCUCCCCCAUGAAUAGCAAAUGUCUUAGUGUGAGGGAACUAAUGAAUAAAGCUCAAUGGGAGGCUGUGGAAAUGCGA